AUGUCCUCUGAAAGCGAACAGACCUAUGAUUAUAUUGUGUGCGGUGGUGGCACCUCUGGGUGCGUAGUCGCCGGUCGGCUAGCCGAGAAUCCUGAGAUUACGGUUCUGCUUCUUGAAGCUGGACAACACAAUGUGGAUUUGGAGAAUGUGCAUAUGGCCGGAGGAUGGUCGAACAACUUCGAUGCAGAGACCGAUUGGAAUUUUAUUACCCCGCCUAUGGCAGGCGUCGACAAUCGUCAGGUUAAAUUGAGUCGAGGUCGAUUUCUUGGUGGCUGCAGUGGCUGCAAUGGCACGCUAUGUAUCCGCGGCUGCAAACAGGAUUAUGACGACUGGGGUCUAGAGGGGUGGAGUGGCGAGGAAUUUUUCAAAUAUAUGAGGAAGUCUGAGACCUUUCAUCCCAAGCCCUGGUUUGACGCCGACAAGGAGAGCCAUGGCUAUUCAGGGCAUCUACACACAGAGCCUCACGACCUGGCCCCAAUCUCGAACCUGCUACUUGAUUCUUUUGUUUCGGAAGGCAUGCCACUGAGCCACGACAUGUUCAGCACUGGAGAUGUUCCCCAUGGCUGUGGUCAUGUGCCUCGCACAGUUUACAAGGGAAUUCGAACCACCGGUGCUGAUUUCGUGACCAACCAGAACAAACGUGGAAAUAUCACAGUUCAGACCGACACUACGGUCGAUAAAGUGAUCUUUACCAAACAAGGGGAGCAGGUUCGUGCCUCUGGUGUUGCUACUAAGACAUCUGAUGGUGCUUCAAAGACCUACUAUGCGCGAAAGGAGAUCAUCAUCUCGGGAGGAGCAUAUUGCAGUCCCGCAAUCCUUCUUCGUUCAGGUAUUGGACCAAAAGAAGAGCUGUUGAAACAUAAUAUCCCAUACACAGUCAGCGCACCUGGAGUUGGAAAGAACCUCCUGGACCACCUGAUCGUCUUCAUGUUUUACGAAACCGAAAAAGCCGGACUCACAAACGACUACCAUGUCUACCAUGACGACAACUUCAACAAAACAUACGCAGAAUGGAAAGAGAAAAAAGCCGGCUUCCUAUCCACCUUCCCCUUCGGCGCUUUCGCCUUCGCCAGACUGGACGAGCGCCUAAAAGACGAACCACUCUGGAAAAACGCACCUCGCGAAACCGGCCGCGACCCAAUGGGUCUAACCCCCAAACAACCCAACAUCGAGUUCUUCACCACAGAAUGCUAUGGUGGACCAAAGCAAUACGACCAAUUCCCCAUCGACCAUAAGCAUGCUUUCUCAAUGAUUGCGGAGCUUUUCGCGCCCAAGUCGCGCGGCUCGGUUACUUUGAAAUCGGUAGAUCCGAUGGAAAACCCAAUUGUUGAUUGUAACUACCUUGCUGAUCCGCUGGAUGUGUUGGUUCUCAGCGAGGCGUGUCGAUUUGGCAAUGAGAUUGUUAUGAAAGGGGCUGGUACAAAAGAUAUUGUUAAGGGAUCUUGGCCUGCAAAUUUGUCGCACCACACCUACAAGACGAGAGAGGAAUGGGUUCCGUAUAUCAAGGAGCAUGCUACCACUUGUUACCAUGCUGCAGGCACAUGUGCUAUGGGCAAGGAAGAUGAUCCUAUGGCUGUGCUGGAUGAGAAACUACAGGUCCGCGGUGUUGUUGGUUUGCGAGUGGCAGAUUGUAGUGUCAUGCCAUCGCUGCAUGGAGGUCAUGCCCAGAUGCCAGCGUAUGGUAUCGGCGAGAAAUGCGCCGAUCUGAUCAAAGAGACGUGGUGA